AUGGUAUCAGAGAUAUGGGCAUUGGGUGGCACAACACAACUACAAGACCACAUGGAAUCAUUCAUCAAAGACUCUGCCUUCCCUGACACAAUUUCUGCCAUCUACGCCAAGAAAGGAGUCAAAAGCAGAUCCAUUUGGGACAUGACAACCUCAAAACAAUACAAGAGGGAGAUUGAGACGAUGAAGCAAGGAAAAAGGUUCCCUAAGAGGUUCUCUGGGCGUCCAAUACCGAGAAGGGGACAAGUGAAGAUUGCAAUUGUUCUGGGGUUGGCCCAUUCCGUUUCUUCCAUCUUCUUCCGCACUGCAUCAUGUGUUGCACCUCCUCACUUCACCCACUAA